GAAAAAGGCUGGAAAGUCUUAAUAAUUCACGUAAUAUAAUGGGACAUAUCUGGACCCUUCUCUGUUUCUUGCAAGUCAGCUUUACCGAAAGGAGUUUAUUGAGACAACGUGGACCAACGUAGCUGAUAUAAGUGAUGACCACUUCGAAGGACGAUUUAGAAGAACAUCUUGAAUGUUCAAUUUGCCUCGAAAAGUUUACGGAGCCAAAAGUGUUGACCUGUCAACACAUCUUCUGCAAACAAUGCCUGGAGGGACUAGUGACUCGAGUCCGCAGACGAUACAUUAUCAGGUGUCCCGUAUGCAGAGAAAAAAGUCAGGUACUCAAUGGCGAUGUCGCAAACCUUCCGUCCAACUACCUUAUAAAUCGUCUGCUGGAUCUCAGACGCACAAAUUCCAAGCCCUUUUGUAACAAACACGAGGACGAAAUCCUCAAGCUCUUUUGCCUGAAUUGCCAACAGUUGAUUUGUCGAGACUGCGCUUUAAUUGAUCACCGCGACCACGAGUACAACUUCGCUAAAGAUGUAUUUCCCGCUGAGAAAGAAAAGAUAGUAAAUGCCAUGCUGGAAUCAAAAGAAAAAGUCCUUGCUUUACAAGGAUCUAUGGGUGCUUUUGAGGAGCAGAAAAAGAGUCUGGAUCAAAACGCGCGAGAGGUCGACCAGAAAAUUGACGACUUCUUUAAUGAAGUAAUUCAGUUCCUAAAAGGAGAAAAGCAACGCAUGAAGGAUGAACUUAAAGGAGCAGUAAAGACCCAGAAGGAAAAAAUUCAUGCAGAGUUGAGUUAUUUCGAAGCUUCACUCGAGUAUGCAAGCAGUAGACUUGAGGUUAUAGAACACCUCCUGGCUAAAGUAAGCGACGAAGAUGCCCUAUUGGCAAAGAACGAUAUGCUAAAACAACUCAGUGAUAUUAACUGUGUUUUGCCCCAUUUACAGCCAACCCCUCAGACGAUAUAUGACUUUGGGGCCGAUGACAUGUUGGAUGUGAUUAAUAAAAUGGAAGCUAUUUCUUUGCAUUAAACAGUGGUACACAUUUACGAGGGUGGUAAAUGGUUUACACGUGUCGCGUGAUUAAGGCCAAAGUCAAUAUGUAACCAUUUUAAAGAAAGGCGAGCGUGAUUCGUGAAUUUAUUAACCAGCGUGAGGCGUGAUCAUUGCCUCCUUAAAUAUAUGCCACCCGUGAAAUCCUCAAGAGGAAGACAGAUUUUAGGUUUUCCUUUUUUAUUCAUGUGCGUGAUGCGUGAAUUUUUCUGAAAAUCCGUGCAUGAAAUGGGAUCAGCACAACCUUUUUGCCACCCUCAUUUAAAGUAUUUUAUCUGUCAAUUAACAUAGUGUUUCAUUUUCAACUAUAAGGAUCCAAAUAUCAUCAUGUUUUCCAUUGCCGCUCGCAUUAAUUUUUUUAUAAAAGCAAUAUUUCGGUGCCUAAAACAGCGGUGCACAUAGUUGCCACAUUCAAUGUUAUUUCAUGUGAAACUAUAAGAAUCGAAAUACCAUUUAUAUGUACUUACUGUCUGUCAAAUUAAAUGUUUAUCAAAGUAGUAUUUACUGGCAGCUAUUCCGUUGCUUUAAACAGCGGUACCUGUAGUUUAUCACAUUAUAGACUGUCUCAUUUCUAACUUUAAGGAUUAAAUUCCCUUUUAUAUAUUAUCAAUCACAUGUUAUGCAAGCAAUAUUUAAUGAUAUUUCUCGUGUGUGUUUAAAUAUGUUGUAUCGCUGAAUAUGAAGAGUGUGCAUCUGCGCGCUUCUAAGCAAACAAAGUUGGGUUUCAAGUUCUCGUAAAUUGUAUGGUAUUAAACACGUUAAAAAUAAUCAUAAGUAGACUACGAUAAAAAA